GAGUACAAUAAAAAAAUAAUUAUAAAAAUAGAGAUAGUGUAUGAUCUAAAAUCCCAUUCGGCCAUCUCCCUAAACCAAAUUUAAUUACACCAUUGAAUUACGAGCCAUUAUAACUUUAGGUCCAAAAUUGUGAUCAACUUCCAAAGUGUAAGGCAAGUAAUUUACCACAAUAAUUUCUUACAAUAAAUGAACCCCUCCAAUCCUCCAUCUUACCCCAAGAAAAAAUAAUUUUUUUUUACACACAAAAAAAUAAAAAUGCAAGAAAUAAAUACCUCUGAAAAUUAGUUGAAGCAAGUCAGAAAAAUAAAAUAAAAUUAAAAGCCAGAAGCAACCCAGCUGAGGCAAUCUUUUGCUCUGACUUUGAGCUAUAGGGGUGAAACAGAAAGUCACCAAAAUCUUACCAUUUUUGCAAUCUAUAGCUUACUUUCAGAAAUGAGUGACGAAUUAGAACCACUGCAAAAUAAUGAGCAAGUAGUAGCUGAACCAGAGUCUGAUCAUGCAGUUGAACUUGAACCUGACCAUGAACCCAAAGUUGAUCCUGUACCAGAACUUGGAGUUGAACUUAAACCUGAACGUGAACCCGAAGUUGAUCCUGUACCAGAACCUGAAGCUGAACCUGUGCCUACAGAUUCCUGCCAGGAUGUUGAUAUCGAGCCACUUUCAGGAAAGCCUUACUUUCCUAUAGUUAUUGUGAAAUCACAUAUCGGCCUUGUUGCUUAUAAAUAUCAAGUGAUAUUACCUAUACAAUUUUCUCAGGCCCUUCCCAACAAAACAAUCCCGGUCAUCUUAACUCGUGGUGGAAACAGUUGGGAGACAACUUAUUUUGGUGAAAAUGCACCGUCUUACAAAAGGUUCGACUCUAGGUGGAGAGUAUUUGCUGAGGACAACAAUCUAGAGGUUGGAGAUGUUUGUGUUUUCGAGCUCAUGGAACAAAGUGAUACUUUGCUCAAGUUCAAGGUUCAGGUCCUUCGAGGCGACUUUCCAUCUAUGUUACUAAACAAGGAAGAUGGUACCAUCAACAAUCCCAUAGUUGUUGAAUGAAAUUAGUCAUGCUUCUUUCUCUAGUAUGAUUUGCUAGGUUGUUUAUUAGUAAGUAGUCUUUUGUUAACUUGUUUAUGCAAUAGCUGUGCUAUUUGACAUAUAGCUUGGUAUGAGCGUAUGCCCUCUCCGUUCAUGUGGUUUUUGUCUCACUGGCUCGAGCAAAAAUUGUAAUAUAUGGCUGCUAUGUAUAAUUGUAUACAAGUUAGUAUGGAAGUACGCGUAAACGAGCAGGGUUUUGUUUUG